CUCUAACCGUUUUCAGAAAAUAAGAAAGUUAAAGUAUAAAAAUGAUCAUGUUCCAUUGAGUGACUUAAAAUACAUUAAGUUAGUUAGCUCAAGAAUGACUGAUUCUCCAGUUUCAGGGAGGUCCCGCUCCGGAACAGCUGAUUCCCCCAUGACAGGUCGGACUAGGUCAGGACCUACUGUGGUCCGACCUCAGCAGGUCACCGAGCAGUCCCUCAUGGAAUCCGUAGCAGGGUUUAUCAAUGAAGUCCAGUCGUACAACCAGCCUAGCACUGAUCCUAAAUCUCAGAUAAUCUGGGCCAGGUUCGAACACACGGAUAUCAAUGAUCCCAGCCUUUUCCCUCAAAACCAGGAUUUAAAUGGGAACUCUGUACCUCUACUCCUGGUUCUAGGAUAUUCCCAGGGUAUCCAGGUCUGGUGUAUCCAGGGUUCAGGAGAAGCGCAGCUCGUUCUAUCCUGGUUCCAUGGACAGGUUAAAUGUUUGAAGAUUCUUCCAACCCCUGAAGCAGUUAAUCCUUUCACUGAUCCCUUCUCCCCCUCCCGGCCUCUAGUUGCUAUCUGUGAUUCAUCAGGGGCCGGGCCUGCCUUUAUGUCGGUGUCCUUUAUAUCUUUGGCUACAGGAGAACAGGUUUCUUCUAUAAAGUUUAACAGUGAAAUCGUGGACAUACUCGCCAACAAACGGGUGGUAUGCGUUGCAUUUAGGGAGAAGGUUGCUGUAUUCUCUGCUUUAACCUUCAGAGAGAAGUUUACUCUUACAUCUUGCUACGCUAGUCCCGGAGUUCAUAGUAAUCCCCUAGCACUGCACUCCAGAUGGUUGGCGUUCUCUGAUAAAACGUUAUGCCAUGCAAGAAGAUCGUCUGGCGGUAUGGAGGGUGAUAUAUCCCAGUCCACUGUAACAGCCUGGGGUAUAAAUGUAGGAAGUAAGCUGGCCAGCGGGGUAGCCAAGGUCUGCUCAAAUAUAUUCUCGGGGUCAACCAAACCUGCUACUUCGCCAGAUUUAGUGGGAGACGGAGAGCGAGGAGUUAUAACUGUUCUUGAUACCAUGAGCUUAAGUGUGGGAGAGGAUGAGCUCGGAUAUGAUUUACAGAAUCAGAAACUAGAUGGCGUUGUAGCACACUUUGUAGCACAUAAUAAGGCCAUAGUAGCACUGGAAUUUGAUCCUAGUGGAAGCCUACUUCUAACCGCUGAUAAACCUGGAAACAGUUUUAAUUUAUUUAGGAUAGUUGCACACCCCCUGGGAUCUGCCUACGCCGCUGUCCACCAUCUUUACUCUCUCUACAGAGGAGAUACACCAGGCUCAGUACAAGAUAUCGCUUUCUCCGCGGACUCAAGAUGGGUGACGGUAUCUACCCUUCGCGGGACAACGCAUAUUUUCCCAAUUUCUCCCUACGGAGGUCCAGUUGGUGUUCGCACACAUACUUCACAUAGGGUAGUAAACAAGCUUUCCAGAUUCCAUCGAUCAGCUGGGCUAAAUGAAAACAUUCCUUCUACUUCCAGCGGCAGGAACUCUCCGAACCCUAACCUUGGUUCCUCCCCGGCUGCAAACAAGAGUUUUGAAUUCCCUGCUGGGAUGGGUGGUACCGGGUCCCUAGCAUACCCGUCACCUCACCUCCCUCCCUACCCUACACCUACUCUUAUACAACCCGUAGCUCAGCUCAGGCAACCCUAUAUAGUCACUAUCACUAAUAGUGUAACCAUCCCGGGAAAUAGAAAGAGUUUGGCGGGAAAAAAGAAUUCUGCUCCUGAAGAAAACCCUGUGCGCGUUGUCGCCGCGUUCGCGCCUUCACGCGCACGCAAUAUGACCGGACUCCAUCCUACAACAGUUUAUAGAAACACUCGCAAAGCGGCAGAUUCUUUGUUUGUGAUGGCAAACCAUGGUCAACUUCUGGAAUAUUCAUUAGAACCUGUACAUGAUCAGACAAUUCCCAGGGAUAAGGUUUGUGAGUCUAGUCCAAUCCAGCUCCAUGUGACAGCUUUUGGUCAGUGGAACCUCUUCAAACCUGUAGGAAAGGAGAGAAUUGAGGUUGCUCCCCCUCUGUCCUCUACCAAUCCUCUACUUCUCUGGCGGCCUCUAUUCUCCCCAGGAGAGGAUGAGGGUUGGAUGGAGGAUGAAGAGGAGGAGGAGGAGAGGUGGCUCAGCCAGGUUGAAAUCUUGACCCACAUUGGUCCAGCUCGAAGACUUUGGAUGGGACCUCAGUUCUCAUUCAGACCAUUCCAGAAGCCCGGUGAGGAAGAUGAGUUGAAAGAUCUUGAUGUAACUGUAGCCUGCAGACCUAAAUCAGAACCUAUGCAGAUGCCUGGUGGUGGUAUGCUGAACAAGAAACCGGUUUAUAUCGAGUGCGGUUCCGCGAACAGUUUUGAACUCUCACCGAGAUUUGCGAACGCGGCAGUCAGGGGGUCCCAGGAGCAGGUGCACCUAGACCUGGAGAAAGAGUUGAACGAGGCAAUGUCGGACACCGUCAGCACCAAGCUCUCAGGGGAGGGAGAUGGAAGACAUGAGGGGUUCUUCUCCAUCUCUACAGAGGAUGUAAGUAGGAGUAGGAGUGGGAGUACUGUAUCUCAUACUAGGAGUCGUCAUUCAUCAGCAAUACAUAGGGGUGUAGAGAUGGUAACAGCUGAAUCUAAAAUAUUCUCUGUUGCUGUUCAACCAGGGAAAUCACAGGAAACCCACAACUAUGUUUACAAGGAUAUGGAAAAUCAAAUGAUUGAUCGUCCCGUGGUGCUGGCUGCUGGCUCAGCAUUAAGGAAAGUAAAAGAGUAUGAUUCAAGUGAAGAAUAUUUUCCUGUAUACAGAGACCCCAGCCUUCUUGAAGAUAUUAUGCGCGAGGAAGUUCUGGAGCAAGAGCGCGCUAAAGCUGAGGAACGUGAUCCAACAAGGUUGCCAUCCUCGGAACCCCCAGAGCCACAAAAGCGCGGCAAGAGCGCAACUAAGGAUAGUUCUCCAGACAUCGAUAAUAGAGAAAGCGCGCCCAUGAAGCAAGAAGAUUUGAAGUCUGGGAACUCAAAGGGAUCAGAUGCUCCUCCUAGCAGAGGAAAAAGUGUCCCUAAGGAGGUCGAGGAGGUCUCUAGGACAAGAGAGGACAGUGUACCCAAGGAGGAGGAUUCUUUGAGUCUGGAACCAACCUCAGCAAAACUGCCGGUAGAAGAAAAUGUGAAAAGUAACGAAGAAGAGCCAAAAAAGAAGAACAAAAAGAAAAAAGGACGAGUCGUUGAACCCGCCGGGUUUAGCUCUGCCGACGAAACAAAAGAAGUGGAAACUAAGACAAGAAAGAAGAAAGGGAAGCAGAAGGAGGUUAAGGAGGAAAGUAAAGAGGUAGAAAUUGAAAAAGAACCAACGCCAAAGCCUGAAGUUGCUACGGUUGAGAAAGAUCCUUUCGAAGAUGAUUUUCCUCUGCUGGGAGGCAGGGAGAACAGGAAAAAGUCUCCUCCUAAGAAUCUAAUGGACGCCUCCAUCUCUGAGCCGAAAUACGACACAGAAAACGACAACGAAGACGACAGUGAACAGUUUUAUAUCCGUGAAAGAUCGUCUUCUGUUGACUCAGAACGGUUUGAGAAUGCUGUCAACCCAUACGCAGCAAAACCCCAGCAGUCUGCUUGGUUGAAUGGUAUGUUGAGACGAGGAACCUCUUUAAUAGAAACCCAAAUAGUUGGAGCUCUGCAGAAAUAUGAAGAUACGGACGAUAAAGGAUCUGAGGAUGAUGAGAUGCAUGAAUUCGAGAAGAAUACCGAGGAUACUGGAGAGCAUAGUCCUCAUCUACUAGAGGAGGAGGAGGAGGAGAUCAAGGAGGAUGUCAAGGACGAGGAAGAGAAGGAUACGGAGGAGGAUAUGAUCGUCACAGAGCAGAUUACAUCUAGGCUUACAGAAUUGUUACAGUUGGAUGAUGAAGAUGAGAAAAUCCGCGAAAAGGAAACCGCUGAGGAAGACGACUUUUUCCUUCCUGUAGCCUCCAAGAGGAACAAGAAGAAACAGAGAAACAUAAUGGAGGACAGUGCCACAGACUUUGAAGGAUGGAAGGAGGCUGAGUCUGGAGAAAACGAGGACGAGGAUUUCGCGGAGGCUAAACCUGAAACUAAGGAUGGUUGGAGCUUUGAGGUUGACGAGGUAGAGGUUGAUGUUGAAGUAAACAAGCUUCUCUCAAACUCAGAAAUUGAGAGAAGGAAAGCUCAGAGUGAGGAACGAACUCCGCUAGAAGAUGUUUUCAGAUUUGACAGUGAGAUGGUUGAGGAACAGGAAGGAGAAAUUCAUGGAAAAAUAAUCAAAGGAAAGCGUGUUAGUGUAGAAGAUCUUUCUGAUGCCCUCAGAGAUGAGACGGAUAGUGAGGCUGAAACAGGAGGAGUGAAGAGGUAUGAGACUAGUACUGAUGAUGAGAGUAUGAGCUGUGGAGAUAAACCUGCCCUUAGCUCCAGUUAUCCAGGAACUAGCAGUGCAAGCGAAGGAUCUACUACAAACUCUCCAAAUGUCCGAGCUACAAAGUCCAAGGGAAAGAAAAGCAAGAAGAAGAAACGAUAAAACUUUGAUUACCCAAAGGGGGUGACCCGGCUUAAUCGGAGACUAAGCCAAAUCAAUACAUUCAAUUAGUCUUUUUACAAGAACAAUUGAAUGUUAUGAAAUACAACAAAAUUUAACAAUGUAUGUAUAUGUAUGUUAAGUAGAUCAAAUCAAUAUUCAUUCUGUAAAUAUUAAAAGUUAUUUUUAAGAAUCCAAAAAUUUAGAAUAGACGAUUCCCGUCUCAUUCACUGUAAUUAUUUAUGAUUCCUAUAGUCAACGUUGAGAAAGCCGUGUUGUCAA